CAAUUUCUAAAGGGAUUAGAUUUAUAUUCUGUGGAACAUCCAUCCUAUUCAUAAUUUUAAUAAUCAUCUCCACAAUAUUUCUAAUGAAGCCAAAAGAACCUGACUAUCUACCUGAAAAUAUUGAGGACUACCCGUUGGUCGUCACAAGAGAGAAAUGGGGAGCCACCCCUCCAUGUGUAGAAUUGUCGAACAACACGGUCCCUCUAGAACGAGUUAUCUUCAUCCACACGGCUGGUGGGGGAACCUGCAAUAACUUUUCAUCCUGCAGGAAUAUUAUGUUGGAACUUCAAGACAUCAGUAAAAAAAACUGUGGUCCUGACACUUUAGAAGACAUUGUGUACAACUUUGUGAUCGUAAGUGAUGGACAUAUUUUCGUAGGUCGUGGUUGGGACAAAAUAGGAGCACAUACUUAUGGGAGUAAUACAGGUAGUUUAGGAGUUGCAUUCAUUGGGGACUUCCGAAGAGAUGAACCCAGCGAAAUGAUGCUGAACUCAGCAAAAACAUUACUUGAGUUUGCAGUCGCUAGGUCCAAGUUGAAAAAAGAUUAUCAGUUGUACGGUCAUUGCCAACGUCAAUCAGCGUUUCCAUACAGUCCUGGAAAGAAUAUAAUGAAACAUAUCCAGUAUUGGCCGCACUGGAACAAUACGAAAGUGAAGAAUUGUGCUGAGCCAUCUGGUAUAGUAUUUCUUUUGUCUUCUACAUUUCCAAGCUAUGUAAUGUGGACGACUGUGGUCAAGUCUGACUCCAGCUCAGAACAAAAGGUUGUUGGAGGAAGUGUUGUUCCCAACAACAUCGUCCUCACCAACUGCCCAGAGGUCCACAUCGGCCCCAAGUUUGUACACAACAACAACAUCACCAUCAACAACGGAGUCGUGGACAGUGAUGAAAAUGUCAAGUCUCUGUGUUCUGUGGUAAAAAAAUGUAUGACAAUUUCUAAUAGGAUUGGAUUAAUAAUCUAUGGAACAUCCUUCCUUUUCAUCAUUUUAAUAAUCAUCUCCACAAUAUUUCUAAUUAUACAAAAAGAACCUAGUAGACCUGUCUUUCCACCUGAAAAUAGCGAGGACUACCCGUUGGAUAAAAGAUUCGUCACAAGAGAGAAAUGGGGAGCCGCCCCUCCAUGUGUAGAAUUGUCGAACAACACGGUCCCCGUAGAACGAGUUAUCUUCAUCCACACGGCUGGUGGGGGAACCUGCAAUAACUUUGCAUCCUGCAGGAAUAUUAUGUUGGAACUUCAAGACAUUGGUAAAAAAGACUGUGGUCCUGAUACUUACGAAGACAUCAUGUACAACUUUGUGAUCGGAAGUGAUGGACAUAUCUUCGUAGGUCGAGGUUGGGACAAAAUAGGAGCACACACUAAAUGGAGUAAUACAGGUAGUUUAGGAGUUGCAUUCAUUGGGAACUUCCGAAGAGAUGAACCCAGCGAAAUGAUGCUGAACUCUGCAAAAACAUUACUUGAGUUUGCAGUCGCUAGGUCCAAGUUGAAAAAAGAUUAUCAGUUGUACGGUCAUUGUCAACGACACACAGCGUUUCCAUACAGUCCUGGAAAGAAUGUAAUGAAACAUAUCCAGUAUUGGCCGCACUGGGAAAAAAUGAACGUGGAAAAUUGUGCUGAACUAUCUGGUAUAGUAUUUCAUAAAGAAACUUCUUAACUAAAUUAUAUCCCGAAGGAUUCCCAAUUCUCAAAAUUGUGAACUGUUUCUUCUUCAUACAUUGGGCCAUGACUUUAACGAUUCAAUCAGAGCAUAGCUGUAGAUAAUGAGUGUAAAUAUAAUUAUGUGAAUCUAUUUAAAUAAUUGGUAAGAAUAAUAUAUUGUUAAGAAUAAAAAAUUG